UCGCACGUUUUUACUCUAGCUAGCUUCACGCAGGUUCCGCGUGUUGAUACUGAAGAGAGAGGAUCGAGGAGAAACAAGUUUGUCGCAUCGCAGAGACACAAACUCAGGCUAAAACCAGAGGAAAAUGGACAUGAAGAAGCGGGUUUCCUUAGAACUGAGGCACCGGUCGCCGACAGAAGUCACGGAGCUGGUUCUGGACAACUGUCGCUCCGGCGAAGGAAAGAUCGAAGGAAUCACGGAAGAGUUCUCGAACCUGGAGCUGCUCAGCCUCAUCAACGUCGGCCUGACCAGCGUAGCAGACGUCCCCAAACUGGACAAACUCAAAAAGUUGGAGUUGAGCGACAACAGGAUAUCGGGCGGUCUGGAGGUCCUGGCGGAGCGGCUGGUCAGCCUAACGCACCUCAACCUCAGCGGGAAUAAGUUCAAAGACAUCAGCACCCUGGAGCCGCUGAAAAAGUUGCCCCAGCUGAAGAGUCUCGACCUGUUUAACUGCGAGGUGACCAACCUGGCGGACUACAGGGACUCCAUCUUUAAGCUCCUCCCCCAGCUCAUCUACCUGGACGGGUACGACAUCGACGACUGCGAGGCCUCCGACUCUGACGGCGAGGGAGACGGAGUCGACGACGAAGAAGAGGGCGAGUCGGAGGACUUUGAGGAAGAGGAAGAAGAGGACGAGGAGGACGUCGUGGCGGAGGAAGAUGACGACGACGAUGACAGCGCUGACGACGAGGACGGAGAAGUGAACGGAGACGUGGACAGCGAGGACGAUGACGAAGAUGAGGACGAUGAAGACGAUGAUGACGAGGACUCGUCUCCGGUCAAAGGAGAGAAGAGGAAGAGGGAUCCUGAAGACGAGGAUGAAGACGAAGAAGAUGAUUAAAGACGCACAAAGAA